GUCAGAUUCAUUUUUUAUUAAAAAAUUUUUUGUGCAAUUUUUUUUUUUUUUUUUUGUAUGAACGUUUGAUAUUUUUAUAAAGUAAAGUAAAUUUAUAAAGUAACAAUAAUGGGAAAAGCCAAAGGAAAAAAUGCUAAAAAUUCAGAUAAAAAAAAAAAUAAUUUAAAACCUAUGAAAAUAGCAGCAUUGAUUAUAUCAGCAAUCCAGGAGCUUAAAGAAACGAAAGGAUCAACUCCCAAUAAAAUAACGGGAUAUAUAAGUUAUGCUUCCAAUCUUCCUGAAACUCGAGUCAAACGACAAGUAAACACAGCUCUGAGACGUGGCGUAGAAUACGGUAUACUACGACGGUAUCGUGGUCAGUAUUUCUUACCAACCGGCGAUGAAUUAGACCGAGCUAACAGAAUAGCAGAAAGAUUUGCAAGAUUACCAACUCCAGUACCGUCAGGUCUUAAGCUGGGUUGCGAAGAAAAUAUACGAGGGACCACUGCCGAUUCAUUCAGAAACACUAAGAAAAUAAAAUCACGUAAGGCUGAUGCAAUCAGCAAGCAAAGAGGCGCACAAUCACUUCCAGCGACCCCUGCCACAAGCUUAUCAGAAGUCAGUUGGGAUCGCGGUGACCACGCGAUGCGAGCAAGUGAUUUUGAAUAAAUAGCAAAAUUUAAAAAAUUUAAUUAGACAUUUGUAAUUAAUUUUUUUUAAUAUUAAUUAAAAAUUUAUCAGUAAUUUUUUUUUUUAUAAUAAGAAAUUCUAUUCCAGUACAUUUAGCUGAUUAACUACAACUUAGAUAUAAAGUAAAUUGUCAUUGAUUAAUUAAUAUUGAUAAUUAAUAAGGAAUCAAGAUAUUGAGAAUAAAAUUAAUGAGGUGAUAAGAAG